GUUACAGUGUGCUGGUCGAGUUUUUAUUGCAAAGUAAGCAACCACGAAUUGUAUGGCUCUGUUUGGUAAAAUUCGACAGUUUUUUGGAGCACAGAAGCGGUUCCCACAAACUUUGGCUCGAUUUUCGGACCAAUCUUCCAUAAAGAUCGCUCAAACGGCAUAUGAAUAUAAGCCAGAGUUACGAUUAGAGAAUGAAAACAUAGAAACGAAGCGGUCUCGUUUACUAUAUCAAAGCAAGAAGCGUGGUAUUUUGGAAAAUGAUAUAUUGCUGGGCGGAUUUGCAGAUCAAAUGUUGCAGAAAAUGAGCUUGCAGCAGUUAAUGCGUUACGAUGAAAUUAUUAACGGUAAACAUAUGGAAUGGGAUUUGUACUACUAUCUCGCCGGAAGGAAGAACUUACCAGAAGAUCUGAAAGAUUGCGAAGUUUUCCAGUUGCUGCUAAAUUUCGUUAAAAAGAGAACCGAAAAUGUCCGUGGAACAACAAAGUGGCAAAGAUAGCUAUGAAAAUGUCAUUUUUAAUUUUUUUCUACAAAUAUCCGUUUUUUUUCUUUUAUGCUUUCCGUUAUUAAAUGUUGUAUCAU